AUGUCUGAAGCUAAUGUUGGAUCAGCUCCAGCGUCAGGCGGCGCAUCUGCAACUAGUGUUGCUGAAGAACAGCGUUCUGGAAGCGCUGCCGCAGGCUCUGGCUCUGUGGCAUCAGAAGAAAAAGUGUAUGGUGGUUGUGAGGGUCCAGAUGCAAUGUAUGUAAAAUUGGUAUCAUCUGAUGGCCAUGAGUUUAUUGUAAAACGGGAGCAUGCUCUUACAUCUGGAACAAUCAAGGCCAUGCUUAGUGGGCCUGGACAGUUUGCUGAGAAUGAGGCAAAUGAAGUAAACUUUAGAGAAAUACCAUCACAUGUGUUGCAAAAAGUAUGUAUGUACUUUACAUACAAAGUGCGCUACACAAACUCUUCAACAGAGAUACCUGAGUUCCCUAUUGCACCAGAGAUUGCCCUGGAACUCCUUAUGGCUGCGAACUUCCUCGACUGUUAA